AUGAGUCCAAUAGCACCGCACCUAUCAGAGCUUGGCUCCCAUUUCAUCCAAUCCUUGUCCCCUCUCCUCUCUGGAGCAAUGCACCCUCAGCGUCCUCUUCCUCAGGCAAUGCCCGCUUCUUCAUCCUCCUCCUCGACACUGGGGCAGCAGCUGAGAAACAUGGCAAUGGGUCUGGGAAGCGGCAAAAAUUUCCUUGGAGGGAAUGUGGGCUACGGCUUUGUGCAGUCCCUGAAGGAAUGCCUCUACUUUCUGCUUUGCUGCUGGUGUAUUAAGGAGAUCCUGGACUAGAAACAUGUGGAUCAGGUGGACACAGUGCAUAUGAUGUGGUUUUGUCUUGUUUUUUUUUUUUUAAUCAGCGAUGCUGUGUUUGACAAAGGGGUGCUGACAUAACAAAGGCAAGUAAGUAUAUGACAGUCUAAAUACUGUGGCAUUUGGACCAUUUGAAUGAAUUCUUGUAUCUGUAAGCAAUUAGAUUUUGUUAUUCCUUUGUUUUGUGUGAAAAUGAAGCAAAAAUGUAAAUGCCUUUGACGUCGAUCAAAUAGUGGAUAUCGCCGUCAAUAGCAGUUGAUAUCAAAUUACAUUCAUUGCACAUAACCACAGUUUGUAAUAACUAAUAAAUUCAACAUUUAAUUUCUUGGUUGAUAAGGGAAUUGGAAUCAAGUAAAAAAAUGCCAUAAUAAUUGAGGAAAUAAGAUUUUUUUUUUAACUAGUUACUAAUUCAUUGUCAACAUUUGUUACUUAAAACAACUCAAAUAUUAUUAACCGUAUUUUUUAAUGCCGAUGACAUACUUUGGUUAUGUUAGAUUCACCCAAAAUUGUCAUAAUUUAAAAUGAACUCAUUGGCUGACACGGCGCCAGAAUUCAAAUCCAUUUUGAUUGGACGUAUAGCUUCAUCAAUGGCACUGAAACAUGAGCAUUUACAUUUUUUUACAUUUACUGCCAUUUCUCUCAGUUGAAAUGAGAGCCAAUGAGUUGACAUAUUUUUAGUAGGCUAUGAAUCAGUAUAUAAUUAGAUUUUUUUUUUUUUAAAUAAACCAAUUAAUUGAAACUUUCUUUUUCC